AUGCCUCCCCAUGGAACUCAUGCUGCAAAUGCCAUCGAGGUUGUUGAAGACGCUUGCUUGGUCAAGGAUGUAACCGAAUUGGGCUCUCUGUUGCCAUUAUUGAAGAUAGAACUAUUGAGGAUGGGUCUAUACAUUGGUUGUGGAGAAUUAUGUACCGAUUGCAUGACCAUUUCCUCAGUUUGUGACAAGGUGAAAAGUGGUGUUCAACAUUUGAUAGAUAGUGGGUAUCUACAGUUUGAGCAUGUGCGACGUCUUGAAAUGGUUGAAAACGAAGUUAAUGUGGCAUCCAUCCCGUAUACUCCUGCCAAGAUUCCAAUUCCCGCCAGAGCACCUCCUUUGGUCAUUACGUUGCCUGGUCCCGUCCCGUAUACUAGUGAAAGAGCGAUCCCAUGGAAUUAUGGGGGAGAAGUUUUCUACCAAGGGGCCAAGUAUGAGGUUAAAGCGCCGGUGGAGAAAGAAGAUGUUGAUAAUGUUGUGGGCAUUGGAAGAAUGACGAGAAGUGGUCGUAUUUUCAAUCCUCCCCAGAAUACUUGCAAUGAUAAUACAGAAGCUCUAGCUCAAGCAAAAGGGAAAAGAGGGGUAGAAGAUAUAGUGGAUCAGGGGCAAAGCUCUAAUUCUGAAGGCACUGUGGCCAAAGAGAUGGAAGAGUUCCUAAAGAUCAUCAAGAAAAGUGAGUAUAAAGUGGUUAACCAGUUGAGUCAAACUCAAUCAAAUAUUUCGAUCUUGCAGUUGCUCUUGUGUUCGGAAACACACCGAAAUGCUUUGUUGAGACUUCUAAGUACUGCCUUUGUCCCUCCGGAAAUCUCGGUGAAUCAACUUGAAGGGGUGGUGUCAAACAUCAACGCUGGUAAUGGAUUGGGAUUCACUGAUGCAGACUUGCCUUCCGAAGGUAGAAACCAUAAUAGAGCUUUGCAUAUAUCAGUGGAGUGUAAAGGGACUACGUUAUCACGUGUUCUCGUGGAUAAUGGAUCUUCUUUGAAUGUAUUACCGAAGUCGUCUUUGAUGAGGCUAGACUAUUCUGGUGUUGAGACAAGGCCGAGUGAAUUGACGGUGAGAGCCUUUGAUGGAUCAAAGAGAUCAGUAUUUGGGGAGGUUGACUUGCCGAUAAUGAUAGGUCCUCAGCUCUUCACUAUUACUUUAUUUGUGAUGGAUAUCCACCCGUCUUACAGUUGUCUCCUGGGACGUCCAUGGAUCCAUGCUGCUGGGGCCGUGACUUCCACAUUGCAUCAGAAACUCAAAUUUGCGACUCAAGGAAAGAUAGUCACAAUAUGUGGGGAGGAAGAACACGUGGUAAGCCAUCUUGCGUCCUUCAGGUAUAUUGAUGUGGAAGGAGAGGUCCACGAGACGCCUUGCCAAGCCUUUGAGGCUGUCCAGACCAUCAAGAUCCCUUAUGUUGAAAAUAAGAAGUUGGAAGCUCCCAUGUCUUCACUAAAGGAAGCUAAAGCUGUGGUUGAAUCUGGUCAUCCUGAAGGAUGGGGCCGAGUCUUGGAUUUACCAGUCAAGCAGGAUAAAUGUGGGAUUGGUUAUCAAGUGGGUCAUAGUUCAUCUAAUGAGGCCCCCAAGAAGGCUAGGACCUUCGUUCCGAUCAAGUUCUCUAGUGCUGGCAUCGUCAAAGAUCAUGUCUGUGCUGCUGAUGAUGAUAUGGAUAGCGAUUAUGACAUUGAAGAAUGGAUUAAGCCGUGUGCCCCAGGACAGAAGCUUCUCAACUGGUCGUCCGAGGACAUCAUCUCAAUUGCUUUUGAUCAAGAGUAA